GUGAGGUUUUCCUCUGAACAAUGCGUGCGGUGACCUCUGAGUGCAUGAGUCGCCGCCGACCUAAAAAGAAAACAAUCCGUCAUUUCACCGUAUAAAAAUGAUGAAAUCCAAGUGGAGUUGUCAAAUAGGAAACAAGCUCGAGUGCGAAGACGUGAUUAGAUCAAGUCAGCAGGCAAGUUGUAAUUAUAAUAGCCUGUUUCUCCUACUUCUUACCGUGUAUUGCAACCUGGAGCGGAUCCUUCUGCACUCCGAGAUACUAACUUUAAACUGAGGUAUUCAUUCUGUGCGCCUGGCAGCUAGCUGCAUUGGUGUCGUGCCGUUUGUCGAAAUAGAAGACAUUGUUGACAUUAGCUAGACCACCGAACUCAGACAGCUCGCAGAAGAUGGAGUUGAAUCUUGCAGACAACGAGAGAAUGUCGCACAGUCAUUCCAAUCACUCGAUUCUGAGCGUAAUGAAGGGAUUCAUCGACGCCGUUAACGAGAUGGAUGAGACGGUACUGAUCCCCAGCCGGCUCAUGGACAUGCAGGCCGAGCCCAAGACGCUUGCUCUCCAGCAGAACGCCGCGUCCAGCACCAAGAGUCAAGACAUGGCUGUCAUCCCAGCCAGCUGUGCCCAGGACUCUGUCAGCCUUCACGCCUGCUACGCCAUGCUGAAAGCCGUCAAGUCCGAGUUGGUCCGUGGCCCAAUUCCCGAGGAGGACCGGUUGGCAGCCGACGACGACGACGACGACAAGGAGAACAUCGGGACUGACAAAAACCGGAGUUUGGAGGAGGCCACGGCACGGGCAUUCAGGGAACAUUUAAUCGGGUUGUUCAGUAUUCUUCAGCAGCUCACCAAUGUCAGCAAAAAACUGACCACCAAAUACCAAGAAGAACUGGGCGACUACCAGUCAUGCUUCAAACCCAAGUCAUCGUCGUCACUUUUGAUUUGAAUGAAAAGACUAUUUCUUGAACAACUUCGCAGAACAUUGUGCAAUGAGACUUUGACUUGAGGAAUUUUCUAUCUCAAUAUCUGACUGUAUUUUUAGGACAUGUCACUCACUUUUUGAACUUAUGGACCAUUCAGCCUUUGUACAGAACUUAGCAAAUGUCGGGAACAGUUUACUAAACUACCAGCUUUUUGAUAGUUUGUUUGAAAGGUCAACAUGUUAAACAAAAUACCCAGUCAAAUUUAUCGCAAAGUAAAAACUACUGUCAAUGUUUCUGUUAGAAAGAGUUUAUCAGAAGGAGACCCAAGUUAAAAUGUUAUUUUUGUAGGAGUUAAGUAUUGAAUGUUUUGGAAUCAUUUUGAAUGAACAGUCGAGUGAAUGCGCUUGGUGAUGAAUUUCUGUUGAAAAUUUUCAUUCGGAGACAUGCACAAUACACCACGUUUCUUGGAGGACUUACAUUAAGUGGUUAACCUUAAAUUUUGCACUUAAAAUGAUGCUCUUUGUGAGUGCUAAAUCGCCGAAUUUUAAAUUAUUCCGUAUACUAUUCAUACAGUGAAACUCUUUCUGUAGUGAAAAAUAGAAAUAUUCCUGACUUGCGCUGCCAGGAAUAUGACACUAUGGUAAGUGAAGACGGAUAUUCGAGAACUAAUUUGUUCGUUUUUUCCCCCUUCAUUUCCUCUCGGUGUUUGCUGGAUGACAUUGAAUUGUCCCGUAUAUUUUAUCACAAUGAACAAAAACGCACAAAAUUUAAGUUUGUGAGUGUAAGUAGUGCUUUCGUUAUAGUUAAUGACGGUUACUAUUAAGCUGGGUGUUUUACCCUUUGUUUUGUACAAAAUAAAAAAGACAUUGAUCAUUGUAUCUGGAA